CUGACUCUGCACAACCACCGUGACCUUGCGCGAGCGAGCGGGCGGGCGGGCGAGUGAGCGGGCGAGCGCCGCCCGCCCCGCUCCUUCCCAGGAGCAUCAGAGCAAUGCUCAGGCUGGACUUUAGAACCGAAGGGGAGUGUGAGGGAGCCGGACGGGGGAAACUUCAUAAACAGGCGAGAAGACCCAGAAGCUAAACAGCAGUUCAUUUUCUCUUCUCGAGCCGAAUCCUUCUAACACGUUCUUGUUGGGUGGGGAGUAAGGAGGAAAGGGAAAUGUCUGCCAAAGGCUUUAGACAAAGCGUGAGAACUCAGAUGGCGAAAAGUCGGCUUGACUGAGAAAAUCGGAAGGAGAGAGGCUGAGGGCGGACAAUCGGGUUAAAAAUAGAAACGCAACCUCCACAGGACUACUUCUUUCCAACUCCUCCCUGGGGCCGGCAGCCGAGCCAGUGACUCGGCUCCGCGCAAAGGCAGCGUGCUCAGGCUCGGCCCCGCCUCCCCGGCCGGGUGACUGGAGGCGGAGGCGCGGCGUCGAGCACGUGACGUCAACGCGCUCCCCGCCGCCGCCGUCGGGGUUUUCGCUGACGCACAGAUCCCGCCCCCCCUCCCCUUUCCCUCACUGCCUGAGCGCCGGGUGGAGAGGACGCGUCAGUCGCCUGGAGCGCAGGCCUACGUGCAUCUCCGUUUGGGAUUCGUCGUUCCUUGGAGCCGCACACCUUCUCCGGCAGUAGCAAAGAGACAGAGAGCGCCAUCCGCGGGCCCUUGUGGCGCCCAGGCCUAGCUGCGCGCGCCCCCUUCGCCCUCGGAGUCGGCCAAACCCGCCGCCGGUGGAGGCGUGAGGCGACGACGGGCCGGCGCCGCGAGCAGCGUUAGCCGCCGCGGCCUUCGGCCCUCCCUCCGCCUCCUUCUCCGCCCCCCCUCGCUUCCCUCCUCCCACUUCCCGAGCUCCGGCGUGUCCCGGCCACGCUCGGUGCUGCUGCGGGAACAAAGGAAGACCCCGCGGCGGCGGCGCCACCUCAGCCUGCGGCUCUGACCCGCUCCCGGCCCGCGGCGGCGGCGUCGGCGGCGGAGAAUUCAGGGCUUCCGGCUCCCCCCUCCCUGAGGGCUCGGCCCGGUCCCACCGCGCCGGCGUCGCGCGCCAGCCAGGUUCCUGCCGCCGAAGGUUUUACCGAUGUCGCUGCGUUUCUCGCCCGAGAUGCCUUUCAUGAAGGAAAUGGAGCACCUUCCCCUUUGUUUCGUGCAUUUAGGCUGAAGAACGUGAAAUUCUUUGCUCGCUUUCCACGCACACCGUGGAGCUGUGUUUUGGGAAAAGCAGAAAAAUGGCUCAGGAGACUAACCAGACCCCAGGGCCCAUGCUGUGUAGUACAGGAUGUGGCUUUUAUGGGAAUCCUAGGACAAAUGGAAUGUGUUCUGUUUGCUACAAAGAACAUCUUCAGAGGCAGCAGAAUAGUGGCAGAAUGAGCCCAAUGGGGACAGCUAGUGGUUCCAACAGUCCUACCUCAGAUUCUGCAUCUGUACAAAGAACAGACGCUAGUUUAAACAACUGUGAAGGUGCUGCUGGCAGCACAUCUGAAAAAUCAAGAAAUGUGCCUGUGGCUGCCUUGCCUGUAACUCAGCAAAUGACAGAAAUGAGCAUUUCAAGAGAGGACAAAAUAACUACCCCGAAAACAGAGGUGUCAGAGCCAGUUGUCACUCAGCCCAGUCCAUCAGUUUCUCAGCCCAGUACUUCUCAAAGUGAAGAAAAAGCCCCUGAGUUGCCCAAACCAAAGAAGAACAGAUGUUUCAUGUGCAGAAAGAAAGUUGGCCUUACAGGGUUUGACUGCCGGUGUGGAAAUUUGUUUUGUGGACUUCACCGUUACUCUGACAAGCACAACUGUCCAUAUGAUUACAAAGCAGAAGCUGCAGCAAAAAUCAGAAAAGAGAAUCCAGUUGUUGUGGCUGAAAAAAUCCAGAGAAUAUAAAUUACUACUUGUGAAGAGACUGAUAACUUUGUUCUUAUUUUAAUAUAUCGUAGGAAAACAUUAAAGAGCAGAUGCAUGGCCAUUUUCCUUUGAUGUUCUCCAGAGUUUUACUUUACACUUGUCUGUCUUAUAAUUGAUAUUUUAGGAUGUGUGGGUGUUUGUUACAGGCAGAAUUGGAUAGAUACAGCCCUACAAAAUGUAUAUGCCCUCCCCUGAAUAAAAUUGGAUGAAAAUCUGCACAGCAAGUUGAAAACACAGAUAAUAGGGACAAAAUUUAGUUCCCUUGUGCCAAACAAAGUACGUGAAAUAUCUGCAUGUUUGCAGCAUAUCUGCCUUUGAGAAUGUAAUCAAGGUAUAAUCUCUGGCUAGUGUUAUGUGCCUGUAUUUUUUUUUUUAUUUUUUAAAUGGUACACCAGAAAAGGACUGGCAGUCUACUUCUACCAUAAACUUCACCCUGUUAAUUUCCACAUUUUCCUUGGAAGCGGGAAGAAAGCUAUAAAGAAAGCUAUCAGACCUUUCCGUGAAACCAGUGUUUUGGUGCCAUAUGUAAGCCUGGCUAAUUGGUCUUCUAAAAGCUGUCAAAUAAGACAUUCUUUGGAAGGUACACAUCGUAACUGGUUAUAAAGAGUAAAACAGAUCAGCCAGCAGGGUCUUGAGCUAUCUUUGAAGCUUAUCGUGCUAGCCUGCACCAGAAGAUGUCUGCAUUACUCUCAUUGCUAACAAUAUUGUGUAGCACAGAACUGCACUAAGAUUAAUUUGUCUACAAGAAGAAAUUAAAACUCUACGUUUGGUUUUCACAUACAACAGCUCUAUUGAGUAACAUGCAUCUGAAUUUUAGUUUGCAAGGGUAUCUGAAUAAUUUUUCAUGUGCAUAUUUUGUUGAAUUGUUUUGGUUCAAGAAAGAAUGUUUAAAGCUCUUUUAAAGACUUCAGUUCUUAAUGUAACUGUACCCUUCUGCAUGGAAAAUCAUAACCAACAUGGCUGCGGUAGACUUCUUAGUGGUAUCCAGCACCACUUGCAGAGGGCUGCUUUAUCAUAUUAAUUGUACUUGGGUGUAGGACUCUAGUGUUCUUGGGUGUAUUGCAUGGGCUGCAUUAUCUACAGCAUUGUACAAUAACAACUAGAAGAGGCAGUAUACUUCACUGAUGCUUGUCUGGUAAUACCACUUCUGUGUUAUAAUGGAAGGUUUUUUGUGAUGUAUGAAACUUGUGUUUUUUAUAUAUAAAUGAGUAUAGUUAGGUUAGUGUCGUGGUAAUGCCUGUUUUCAUCUGUAAAUAGUUAAGUAUGUACACGAGGCACUACUUCUGAUUUAUUGCGGUGUUCAGUCUUAGUUUUUAACUUUUAAAGCAUUCAGUUUUGCUUUCAAUUUUAUGUACCUUAGUUCUGAGUUAGAUCUGCAGAUGUGUACAGAUAGGUCAUAUUUAUGUAUUGCACAUAAUCAUGCUAUUCAGCAUUGAUGCUGUAUUGUAUUAUGUAAAUAAUAAAAGCCAUGUACAGAGGGAAA